AUGACGGAGGCACUGAUCAAGGUUUUGUGCCUCGUAAAGGUGGACCUGGUGCUGCCGGUGAGCAAGGUGCACUUUGACCUGACUUCAGUCCUGUCAACACUGGCUCAGAACGCCGUCAUCAUGGAAACCAAAGGCCUGACGCGCUGCCUGCUUAGUGAAGUCACCACGAAGACGGGAGAGAAAGAGACGCUCUUCAACACGGAAGGCAUCAACAUGCACGAGCUGUUCAAGCACAGCGAUGUACACGCAGUGAUGUCCGGCUCGGGACAUUUCUCCUCCGUGACGUCUGUAGAAGUCGUCCCUUCCUCUUCUUCCUCAGACGUCCCCCUGCUGGCAUCUGAGGAAGAGUCGUCUGGACUGUCGUUCCAGCUCGCCUCUCUGGAUGAAGUCGGGGUUUUAAACUUCUGGGUGGUGCUGGAGCUCCCUAAAGCCAAUGAGGCCGGCUCUCCCACAGAUUUAGGUAAGGAGGUCAGGUAUUAG